CUCUCUCCCGUCCUCUCUCUCUCUCUCUCCCCCUUCAAUCCAUUUCCCACACACUCCGUCUCACGCGCCGCCGCUAAAAUGCCGUAUUGCGACGUCGGAACAACGCAGCACCACUCAUCACCUCCUUCCUCCUCCGCCGCCGUCGCACCCGCCGACGCCGUCAACCUCUACAAUGACCUGAAGAUAUAUUAUAGAACUUACGGUCGUGGUCCCACCAAAGUGCUCCUCAUCAUUGGAUUGGCAGCCACGCUUGAAGCAUGGGGCCCACAAAUCGAGGGGCUAACUGGCACCACCGUCCACAAUGACGACAACGACGACGCCGUUUCGAGCGGAAAUGACAAUGAUUCCGAUGGUGGUGGAAUCGAGGUUUGCGCGUUUGAUAAUCGGGGCGUGGGUCGGAGCUCCGUGCCGGCCGGAAAGUCCAAUUACUCAACCAAGAUCAUGGCCAAGGAUGCGGUUGCUUUGUUAGAUCAUCUGGGUUGGAAAAAAGCCCAUGUUUUUGGGCACUCAAUGGGAGCUAUGAUAGCUUGUAAAGUAGCAGCAAUGGUUCCUGAUAGAGUCCUCUCAUUGGCAUUGCUCAAUGUAACAGGUGGAGGUUUUCAAUGUUUUCCAAAGUUUGACCGGCGAACAUUCUCCGUUGCUUACCGUUUCUUGAAAGCAAAGACUCCUGAACAAAGGGCAGAAGUUGACUUGGACACCCACUACUCACAGGAAUAUCUUGAGGAAUAUGUUGGAACUGUUAAGAGGAGAACGAUAUUAUAUCAGCAAUAUGUUAAAGGUAUAUCAAAUUCUGGGAUGCAAUCUAAUUAUGGUUUUGACGGUCAACUCAACGCAUGUUGGACACAUAAAGUGACUCAAACAGAGAUUGAGAGGAUCAAAUCAGCAGGUUUUCUUGUUUCAGUCAUUCAUGGCAGGUAUGAUAUAAUUGCUCAGAUGUACUAUGCACAAAGACUUGCUCAGAGGCUUUAUCCAGCAGCUCGACUGGUAGAUCUUCAUGGAGGCCACUUAGUGAGUCAUGAGCGGCCUGAAGAGGUUAAUCAAGCACUGUUCGACUUGCUCAAGGCAUCAAAAGGGAAGUCGGAUCCACAUGAUUGGACUAAUUUGUCAAAUGCAGAGUCUUGGUGGAGAGGCAAAAGGUUGUCUUUUGUCAGAAACAUCCAGGGGGGAAGCAACGUCUCCCUUAACUGCAGAUUAGAAAACCUGCAUCUCUUCCUAUUAUACUUAUUUGGUCUCAUUGUUAUGGCAUUUGAAUAUGGAAGAAAGCUUCUAGGAAGCUUCAAACCAGUUCGAGUUGGAAGUUCCUCCUCGUACAUUGAAAGUCAAUAACUCCCUCCCAAGUUAUUUCCUACACACUUAUUGCAGGUGGGUGAUAUGUAACCUUGUAAACCCUAAUGGGAGAGAUCACAGCACUUCUUCAGCAAUAUGAGGCUCACGUAUACGGCAAUUUUGAUUCAUUUCUCUCAUGAGAAGGAGGGUUUCUCUCAAGCGGGCGAAAAGCAAGAGAGGAUCCUUCAUUUGUGCUCACGCACGACCCUAACAUAUCCCUUCAUUGACAACAUGAAUUCCAUGUGCUUUGUGUAGUCAAUAAUUUAUACAAGCAAAAAAGACUAAGAGGAUUGCGGACUACAAUGUACAUUUAAUAUUGGAAAAUGAUACGUGAACAUCAUCUGCAUUCUGCAUAGUGCAAAUACUUACAUACACAAAAGAAAAUGAAAAGGUAAUAUAUGAUGUAACGUGAUAAGAAACAAAGAUAUAAGAGAAAAAUUGACUAUAUGUGGGGUGUUUAACUAUUUGGGUGUCAUGAUUACUGAUUUUUGUUACAACUCUGAAAA